GAUUUACGGCAGCGUGGCACGUUUACGGCCUCUCAUGUUGAUUGCGGUGAUAGAGGUAAACAAGCAACCUCGGUGUGGCUUUCUUCCCCCAAAGAGGAACUAUCACCGAGCGAGUAGUGACAAUGCUUCUCCAAAGUCGAGCUGCAUUUGCCCUUGGUCUUCGCAUGUGCUCCACUCAUGUGACCAAAGGACCAGUGAUAGACACAACAAGGCCCAACUCAGACAUGUCUGAAUUCCGCAAGGUCUUUUCCAAAGCCAGGCACAUAGUUAUCAUCACAGGGGCAGGUGUGAGUGCGGAGAGUGGAGUACCAACCUUCAGGGGAGAAAAUGAGAAGUGGAGGAAGUGGCAGUCUCAGGACCUGGCUACUCCAGAGGCCUUCUCUCGCACCCCGUCUCGGGUCUGGGAGUUCUACCAUUACAGAAGGGAGCUGGCAUUGAACAAGAAGCCCAAUGCUGCCCAUCUGGCUAUAGCAGAGUGUGAGGCCCGGCUGAGGAAGCAGGGGCGCUCCGUGGUUGUCAUCACCCAGUGCACAGAUGACCUUCACCGACAGGCUGGGUCCAAACACAUGCUCAAGAUUCACGGCAGUCUAAUGGAGACGUACUGUGUGAGUUGUGGACACGUGACCAUGAACAAGCGUAGCCCUAUAUGUGCUGCCCUAAAGGACAAAGGUGCACCUGACCCAGAUGUCGCUGAUGCCCAGAUUCCAGUGGAUAAACUGCCAAGGUGUGAAGAAAAUGACUGCCAUGGUCUGCUGAGGCCCAACGUGGUGUUUUUUGGAGAAACUCUGGACUCCCAUAUCCUGACCAAAGUGGAAAAAGAGAUGGAAAUCUGUGAUCUCUGUCUGGUGGUGGGCACGUCUUCAAUCGUUUACCCAGCAGCCAUGUUUGGCCCCCGGGUUGCAUCCAGAGGCAUCCCAGUGGCAGAGUUCAACACACAAACAACACCGAAAACCGAAUACUUCACGUACCAUUUCCAGGGUCCAUGUGGAACUACACUGCCUCCAGCUUUGGCAAGACAUGAGUCAGAGGUUAUUAACUGACUUUACAGACAGCAGUCCUCGGCUUCUUCUGUAGUCUAAUGCAAUCCAAAGCUGUGAGGUUUCAAAACUUUUUUUUCAAAUCUUUUCCUUAAAAUUGGUUUAGCUGUUAAUGCUUGGUAGAGGGAGAGCUGUAAAUAAUUGAGCAUUUUAAGACUUUGAGUUGGAUCUUUUAAUACUUGAAUAUACAGUAUAACUCACUAAACUGGAAAUGGGAUUUUGAAUGUUUUACAUAUUUGCUGCUUAGAGUUAAGCAAGAACUAUGCAGCUUCUUAUAAAAAAAGGCAGUGCACUAUGUAUGUAGUUCUUUCCAUUGGAAACAUUUCCUCAGGUAUCAGAGGUCAUUGUUAUUCUUUACAUAUGAGAUGCAGGUGAGGAAUUGUUAUAUUUUAGAUAUACUGUGCUCUAAAAUUAUGCUGUAGAACAGAACAACAUUUUACACCCGGUGCCAGUGGAGAGCAUUCCUCUUUUCUCUUUCCACCAAAUGAACAGAUGUACAGACCGUAACAUAAUCUUGUGCCUUUCAAAACUGUUUACACAACCUUGACCAAAUGCUCACUUUAAACCUGAAGUGAAAAUCAACUGCUGUUACAGAGAUUUAGCCGAGUGCAGUGUUUGUUUAUGACCAAGGACUGAGAGGGUAGAAAGAGGGAAAAUGUCUUUUCAAUCCUCACCUGAAUCAGCAUUACUCCAUUCUCAUACUGUGUGACUGUGUUUAGUAUAAGUAUAGUUAGAUGUCAUGGAUUAUUCAUGAUGAAUUUGAUACAUUUUUACACGAUUCAGUAUCUGUUUUCAAAAUAUACGUAUGUGUUCGAUCACUGUAAAUUGAAAUUGUCUAAAAAUGAAAGCAACUGUAUGAAAGCAGAUAAUAUUUAAUAACAUGAUCUGUAUUCUUAACUACUUUUUGCCCAUAAACAUCACACACAAUUUCUUAUGAUGUAUUCUAUUAAAUCUGCCAGUGCAAUGAUUAUGAAUAUAAAUAUUAAAACACUAAAUCUA